AUGGAUGAGGUCACACAAGCCGUUGAAAACUUGAAAAAGGAAUGGAGCCAAGCAGUUGCACAGCUUGAGGUGUGCAUUGCUGCAAUUGAAUCUUGUGGGAAGAUGGGAAAAGGGACAGAAGAAGCAAUGUCUCUUCCUAGGUUGAACGGUUCUGCACAGGAUGCACUGCAAUUGCUCAAUGCACUGCAGUGCAGACUUGAUCUUCUGGCAGAGCAGCUACCCACUUUUGAAGAAGUUCAGUCUGGACAGGCAACCUUAGGGUCAUGGAAGGAACAAUAUCAGAGGCUGCGUGUGAGACUGAGGAGUGCUAACUUACAAGCAAAAGCGAACAUGGGAAAGGCUGCUCAAGAAGAGAGGGAGCUUCUUCUGGGAGGUGGAGAAGAGUCCACUAUCCGUAGGCGUAAUCUCCACCACAAGCACAUUUCUUGCCUAGAAGAAUGCAGAUAUGCUAACUCCAUUUUAUCGGGAAUUUCGGUAAGGACAAAGGCUGGGAUGACAUCUGCUGCAGAAAGUAUUACUGAGAGCCUCCGUAGGUCUCGGCAGUUGAUGGUUCAGGAAGUGGAAAGAAGCGCUAAUACCUUGUCAACUUUUGAUGAAUCGACAAGUGUUCUCCGAAAGGCUGAAGGUGAAUAUCAAGGACACCGCUCUUUGCUGAUGCGCACCCGUGGUUUGCUCUCCACGAUGCAACGACAAGAUGUUCUUGAUAGGAUCAUCCUGACUGUUGGGUUCCUCAUAUUCUCCUUAGCAGUUCUGUAUGUUGUCUCGAGACGUAUUGGCCUGUUGACACUGCAAAGGAAGUUGGCUGAUGCAAUCAGAUCGGGCUCAGUAUCAGCUGGAGACAUAUUGGGUAAAGUACCCCAAGAUGGACCUGCCCCAACAAAUGCUCCUCGCGUCUAUGAUGAACUGUGA